AUGCCUUUUCUACGCCGUCGCGGCAACAUGGUCAGCGAGUCCGACAUGAGGCGGCAUACCAUUCUUGAUGCCGACGCGCCUCAGCUACCGCCGCUGCCCCAGCACUUUCCUCCUCAGCAGCCGCAGAAGCAGCAACAACAACAAGAAGAAGAACAACAGCAGCUGCAGCAGCAACCUCAACCGCAAGAUCAACCGAAUCCUAACUCACAACCUACACCCCAACAACCGCAGCAAGAACCGCUACCAUUACCACCGUCGCAGCAGCAGGAGGUUCCUCGACUCUCCGUGUCCGCCUCCAUUGACGAAGUUCCUUCGGGGUCCCUGGCUGUACCUGCGCAACCCGACCUCGACCUCGAAACUCCCGCCCGACAUGAACCCGACGACCCUGAUGCCCGACCAGAGACUCCCCCCGUUCAGGAAGAGACACCUAAGCACCGUCGUUUCUCCAUCUUGAGAUUUCGCAAUGCCUCCGACUCGCAGCUGUCUUUGAGAGCGAAACAGCAGGCUGAGAAGCCUCCCCCUGUUCCUCGCCCCCCUGAAAUCAUCACAACCGCACCCACCGCCGACUUUCAAGUGCCCCAGAAGAAGCAAUCACGAAUGCGACUCGCCGACCGAUUUCGAAGAUCCGGCGAGCUGCCGAGAAACAGCGAAGAUGGAGGUGGUCGCGCCAUGACGUGGAAGUCGACCAGGAGAAAAACGGGCCUGGAGGAUCUAGCUUCUAGGAAUCGACCUACUCUCGUCACCUUCGAAGAACCCAAUCGCCCGUCCUCAUCGAGAGCUCCCACGAACGGGGACCAUCACGACGGUCCCGCUCUAUCGCUUCCCGCCAACCGAGCGUCGGAAUCAUCGCGGUCUGACGCCAGCUUCGGAGACCACCUUUAUCCCACCACCACAGCGGGCACCGCGGGCACCGCAGGGAACUCUCCCCCGGUGCAGAAUAGCAGCAGCAGUUUCUUCCGCCUCGGUCGGAGGAAACCCAAAGCACCAGUGCCAAUGUUCGACUUGUCGCAUCUACCACAAAAGGGCAAGCCGAAUGGGGCAGAAAACGGCGCGGCGCCGUCCUCUCUCGGCGCAGCACAACCGAUCGUUGCGUCUACGUCCAGGGAGGCGACUCCGCGUCCGCCUCACCAAGGCUCGAGGCCGCCAUCUAGCUAUAGCACGCGCGCCGACUCGGCAGAAUUGUCCGCCCCUGAACAGCAGCCUCAAAAGCCGAAUCCAUCGCCAGCCACAGCACUCUUUCGUCCGGGCUCGACCCACUCGGGCCAGUCAUCUCCAACUCGUGCUCGUUUGCAACGUCGGGGCAGGUCUUCAACGAUGAGUUCUCUGGGCAGAGAUUCGAUGGAUGGACAUUUGGAUCCGGGAACGAGUCGGACGUCCACUUCCGUUGGCCGCAAGAGCUUCGGCGAUCUCUUCGGGCUCAAUAGACUGCGUCAAAAUUCGGACCUGGGCCAAAGGCAAGGCACCCUGACACCUGCUACGCCUGGAUCGAAUACAUCCAAGAACAACUCUUUGCAAAUUGCCCGGGAGCCAAUCGCACUACCCGAGAAGCUGGAUGAUGAAACGCCUGUCAAGUACCUCGACCGCAUAGAAGACAUCCUCAGCCGCGGAGUCAUUGCCAGUGCUUUGUCCAAGGGAAGCGAUCCCUUCUCAGUCGCGGUCUUACGCAGCUACAUGCGCCGUUUCAGUUUCUUCGGCGAUCCAAUGGAUAUGGCCAUCCGAAAGUUGCUGAUGGAGGCUGAGCUGCCGAAAGAGACGCAGCAAAUCGACAGGUGUCUGCAGGCCUUUGCGAAUCGUUAUCACGAAUGCAAUCCCGGCAUUUACGCUUCGCCUGACCAGGCCUAUUUCGUUGCGUUUUCCCUCCUGAUUCUCCACACCGACGUCUUCAACAAGAACAACAAGCACAAGAUGCAGCAGCCCGACUAUUUAAAGAACACCCAAGGAGAGGGCGUAGGAGAUCCCAUCCUGAGGUGCUUCUACGACAACAUCACGUAUACCCCUUUUAUUCACGUGGAGGACGACUUGGAACUCAGUAGCGAUCGGCUCAUCGCAAACAGGGCCAAGCGGAAAACACUGUUUCCGGGCGGUACGCCUGACGCCGCCGCCAAGCGUGCCAAUCGCGAGCCUCUUGACCCCUACACGCUCAUUUUGGACGGGAAGCUGGAUAUACUGCGCCCAAGUCUCAAAGAAGUAAUGGAGCUCGAGGAUCACUACAACUAUCUAGGAACUGCCAAGGACCUUAACGUCAAGGAGCUCCAGAGGACCUUUUUCAGAACCGGCGUGUUGCAGAUCGUAUCGGCCAGGUCGCGCCCGGAUGCGUUCCGUGACGAAAAGAGCGCUAUCAAUCCAGCUGAGGCUGCACAGGGGGUUGUCGAUAUCAAGAUCACCAAAGUCGGUUUACUCUGGAGGAAGGAUGCUAAGAAGAAGAAGACCAGAUCGCCAUGGCAGGAAUGGGGAGCCAUUCUGACGGGCGCGCAGCUUUACUUCUUCCGCAACACCACUUGGAUCAAGAAUCUCAUGCAUCAGUACGAAUCUCACGUCAAGCAGGGUUAUUACGGGGAACCCAUCACGUUCAAGCCGCCACUACCAGAGUUCAAACCAGAUGGAUACCUCCCGACGAAAGAGGCUGUGGCACUGGUGGAUUCAACGUAUAGGAAACACAAGAAUGCCUUCAAAUACGCUCGGCCAGGGGCAUUUGUUGAAGAGGUCCUUCUCGCCGACAACGAAGAGGAGAUGAACGACUGGCUUGCCAAGCUGAAUUACGCUGCCGCCUUCACGACAUCCGGUGUUCGCAUGCGGGGUGUUGUGGGCGGUAACUACGAGGGCCAAAGUCGACGUGGUAUCAGGAGACUUGGCAGCUCGGCAUCCGCACAAAUCAUUCAGACUCCCACUGGAGAGGUCAGUAUCGUCCGCGGCAAGAUAGACCACCAGGAAGCCGAGUCCAUCCAGGCGCAGCGACGGCAGACCAUGAUGGACGCCGUUGCUAAAUCGGAUGAAGAGAUCGCCAUUAAGGAGCAGGAGCUGGAAGUUCACUUGAGAAACGCCCGCCAUCUUCAGAUUCUCUCACCAAUUCAGGCCAAAACCAGGGACCAGGUUCUCUCAGCUGCAGCUCAUAUGGACGUCAAAAUCAAGUGGAUUCGAAUGGACAUCUGGAAAUCGAGAUGUCAUCGGGACGUCCUUCUUAAGGACCUCGCCGAAGAGCAGCGGCUCCAGGGUCUUGUUCCGACGAAAAACGGGCACGAGGCUCGUGAGGCGUCGCCUUCCCGAGAAAGGCCUCCUAUGCUAGAAGCCGGGUCAGCGACGAGUGUAGGACGUCGGCGUCGACGCUCGUCCGCAGCAGUUUCCGUUAUCCAAGGAUCUGCUAAGACGCCUCAGCCCGAACCCGAGUCACCGACGAAUGAUGCUUACCAAACCCCGCCUACGAGUGCCACUUUCAACCCCCACAAACAUCAAAAUUCUUGGGAUUCCAAAGUCUCAAAGUCGAAAGAGCCAAUUCACAAGAAGCGUCCGGGGUCAAGUUCGAGUCAGUCGUCUGCUGAGCCCACGUUUUACAGCCCGCAACAGCAUCCUACCCCGAAGAGGGGCGAGGAGGAUGAAGACACGAUGGCCGAGGACCACCAUGAUGACGUCGAUGCCAAUGAGCGUGUUCUCCUCGAGCAAGCAGGGUUGUUGGAAACAGAAUCUCGCAGCAAGAUUCCGGAGAGGAAACGGACUGGAUCGCUGUCUGAAGCUGGGGAUGCGUCAGAGUCACGCGACACUCCAGGUUCAAUUGAUAGACAAGACAAGACCAAGAUCCGGCGAAGUUUGCAGCGCACACUCCGGGAAAGUGCCGGUCACCUCUCGCAUCACCGCAGCAGGAAAGGAAAAGAGGCCAUCACUAGUGCCGUGUCAGAAGACACGGGCCGCGAAGACGUGCUCACCAGAGGCACUGGGAGCUUUGUCGUCCAUGGCAAGAAGGCAUCCGUUAUCAAUUUCGGCUCUGAACUGCAACAAUUAACUCCAGAAGAGCGUCUAAGACAGCGAAAGCAGGACCAGCGCGACGUCCCAGCUUCUCCUGCCAGCAUGGAGGAGGACUUUCACGAGGCCUUGAACAACUCGCUCUUGCCCAAAGAGCGCAGAGAGUCGGCCGCGAGCGCCAGCACCGCCACGGCGAGGAGCUUCCGUGAACUUCACCGCAAGUACUCUUCGGCUCAUGCUUCCAGGUCUCCGGCGUUUAGAGGCCAGCUCUCAGUACCGUCGGAUGGCGAGAGCGAGGCCGCGGUCAGUUUCUCCGAGGGGCGCCGAACGCCACUGCCUCCGAUCGAGAACGAAUCGGGAGAUGAAGAAGAAAAUCAUGUCGCGGUGGUCAGUUCUACUGUAACCAGCCCCACGUUGGCCAGCCCCCAGCCCAUACGUGCUGCGUUGGCGCCCCCGCCUCAGCUGGGGACAUCAAUAGAACAGGAGAAGGAUGCGGAAGAGAAAAAAGAUGAUGAGAUGCGACGAUUGCCGAGUCCCCCCGUUCAGGCGGUCGAGGCCUAG